AUGAUUACCAGGAAACGCAUGUCAAUGAGAUCUAAUGUCUUUUCCACAGCUUCUUCCACUAGUAAUAACAUUCCCCUGCGAAAUGCCCAGAAAUAUUUGCUUUCUACCUCAAGACCGUCAUUGGCUUACACGGACACUGUGUCAAAUCUGAAAAUUGGACAACAUACACGUGUGAUCUUUCAGGGGUAUACUGGAAGGCAGGCUACCCAAAAUGCGAAGCAAUCAAUUGAGUAUGGGACCAAGAUUGUCGGUGGCGUCACACCGGGUAAAACUGGCGAACAUCUUGAACUUCCCCUGCUGCCGUCUGUACGAGCAGCCAAAGACCAGUUAAGGCCGGACGCAACGGCCAUCUAUGUGGCUGCUCAGCAGGCUGCUGCAGCCAUUGAGGAGGCAAUCGAAGCAGAGAUCCCGCUUAUUGUUGCUGUUGCUGAACAUAUACCCUUGCACGACAUGCUUAGAGUUCAAUCGAUGUUGAGGUCACAAUCGAAAUCACGCCUUGUCGGCGCAAAUUCACCUGGCAUGAUUUCUGCGGUUGGGAAAUGCAGACUUGGCUUUCAUCCUCUACCAACCUUCACACCAGGGAGCAUUGGUAUAGUGGCCAAGUCUGGCACUCUAAGCUACGAGACUGUUGCAUCUACUACGCGAGCUGGCCUUGGUCAGAGUCUUGUCAUUGGGAUGGGUGGAGACCCUCUUCCUGGGACUGACUUUGUUGAUGCGUUGAAAGUUUUUGAACAUGAUGUUGAUACGAAAGGCAUCAUUCUCGUAGGAGAGAUUGGAGGAAAGGCCGAAGAAGAUGCGGCAGAGUGGAUCAAGGAGUACCGGAAGCGUACGGAGAGACCCAAGCCGAUCAUGGCACUCAUUGCAGGGGUUCAAGCUCCUUCUGGCAGAGUCAUGGGCCAUGCUGGGGCUUUUGUUGGCGCCGGUGAGAUGACAGCAGCUGGUAAAGUGCGAGUGCUUGAAGAUGCUGGAGUUGUGACUACGAACCAUCCGUCAAAGUUUGGUGAAGGAAUGAAGCGACUUCUGGGUAGUGAAGCUCGCUGGAUACCUUCUUCACCAUCAUCAUUGGACAAAACCCAGCAACGAAAUAUGCACACUCUUCGAAGACCUGCGAUACAGUCUACAGGAAAUCCCGCUUUUUUCCGGCGGCGAAACAUUCACAUCCCAGAAUCGCGAAGCUUUGAAAUGCUCGAAGACCUCGGGGUACCAAUCUCAAAGUCCGAGGAUCCUGAGAGUAGGGAUUAUUUUCUAACCUUAGCAGUGGACAAAAUAAACUAUACCCCAUGUAUCGUUACUUCAUUCUCCAUUGGAGGCGAAAGCCCUCAGCUUCACGCGAAAAGUUACCCAAUGGCCCUGGACAAGGUUGAGGAUGAAUCCACGUUGUCCUCAAUAGCUUCGGAUCUCAACUGCAAAGAAGAAUCGUUCGACUCAUUGUCGCUCUUGUUGUCCUCUCUCAUCGACAUAUUUUUCAGCAAGGAAGCAACCUCUUUGUCUACAAGGAUAUCGCGUAAUCAGCAAGGAGAGCUCGCUGUGGCACGAGCAGAAUUUAGCUUUGACGAUGCCGCAAUUAGAAGCGGUAAAAGAAACUUUGAUCUCCAAGGAAUGCGAGAUACUAGUAACGAGGUACCGGAAGAGGUAGAGGCUGAGAAAGACGGCAUCGUUUACAUCAAACUCAAGGGUGAUGGCGUCAUUGGUACUUUAGUCAACGGUGCCGGUCUCGCCAUGAACACCGUCGACGCCAUAGCUGAUCUGGGAGGCAAAUGCGCUAAUUUCCUCGACACUGGCGGCAAAGCGACGAGUGAGACCGUCAAGAGCUCUUUCAGAAUCAUCUUGAAAGAUUCAAGAGUAAAGACCAUCUUUGUCAACAUCUUCGGCGGACUUACUCUCUGCGACAUGAUUGCCGAUGGCAUCAUGCUCGCUUACAAGGAUCUUGGAAUCAAAGUGCCAGUGGUUGUCCGUCUGAGAGGGACGAACGAGGAUAUUGGGCAGAAAAUGGUAAGCAAACCUGAGCCACGAGUGAUGAAGCAUACUGAAAAUUCUCAGAUUGCGGAGAGCGGGCUUUCCUUACAUGCAUUUGAUGACUUCGAUGAGGCUGCUAAGAAGGUCAUUCAACUGGCUAGACAAGGUGACUGA